GCCAGGUUCGAAGGCAAGGUAACUUCUAUACACAACAUGUAAGGGAGGUGGGACUCUAUCUCUUUUCUCUCCGAUGCUCCUCAUCGCGCUCCUAAGGAGAGUUGAAGGAUCAUCUUAUUAGGCCCACACUAUAUAAACACAAGCCGGCGGCAUGGCGAGCAGUCAUCCACCGUCUUCAUUCUCCGUCGGGCCGGUUACAUGCAUAUUCAUUUCACAUUCCCCAACCCUCGUUUUCGCGCCUAAAAAUUCAAAAAAAAAAAAUAAAUAAAUAAUAACCAAAACCCACCCUUCAAAGUGUCAAGAGAAUCUAAAAACAGCUCCAAGGGUUUUACAACAUCAAAAGGGAAUACAAACAAAAAAAAGUUGAAAAUAUUUUUGGUGCGUUUGUUUUACCGGAGGAAGAAAAAAAAGACAGUUUGCAACGGGCAUUCAGCAAAAGCCCGGAAACAUGUUUCAUCUACAGAUGACAGUUCUCUGUUUGGCAGUGGCCACUGUCGUCUGCGAUUUACCGCCAGGCACAAGAAGAAACACGUAUCUACCGCCGGAGCCAACGAAAGGUGGUUAUGACUAUAAUAAACCGCCGGGAACAUUUCCAAGGCCAACGACGGGAUUCCCCUCGUCGAGGCCAACAUUUCCAGUAGGGCCCACGAGACCAACUCCCACUUUUCCCACAGGCCCAACGAGGCCCACGACACCUGGUAGGCCAACGUAUCCCGGUACAGGAACAAGGCCCACUCCCGGCUUUCCUACACCUGGAACACGACCCACACCCGGUGGUAAUGGUUACCCCACUCCUGGACCAAGACCCACACCAGGAUUCCCCGAUUAUCCCGGUUCACCGUCCGGAAAUAACGGCAACAAUAUUGACCACGAUCAUGGUCACCAUGAGCCAGGCAUGCCGUUUGACUUCAAUUACGCCGUAAAGGAAGACGCUUUUGGAAACGACUAUUCGCAUAACGCUAUUAGCGAUGGUGAUGUUACACGUGGGGAAUAUCGAGUUCAAUUACCGGAUGGUCGCUUACAAAUCGUUCGUUACACCGCAGAUUGGAAACACGGUUUUUCAGCUCAAGUUUCCUAUGAGGGAACGCCACGAUUCGGCGCGCCAGGACCUGGUGGCAAUUUCCAAGGAUAUUAAGAAAAAAAAUUCUCUUCAUAAAGAAAACAAAAAAAAAUCCACUCGAAAAGUGCACUUUUAUAUUAUAUAUAUUUUUUACCUUGUGCUUCGAUAUUAUUAUAUAUUUUAUUUUCGAUUCCAUUUUUGAAAAAUGUAACACCAUCUAAAAGCAAAAAAACCGUUCGCAAGAAAUUUUUAUCAAAAAAACAUCUCAAUUCAAAAACAAACUUUUAAACUUCAAUAAUUUAAUCGAUAAUAGUAAUUUCGCACCUUUUUUUAUAAAAGCGACAUUUACACUAGAAAAAACUUUUGCGAAAUU